AUGUCAACAGCUAUGGCCACACAACAUCAUAAAGGAACAAUAACAAAGGUGGCUGUGGUGCCUCCACCAACAACAUCCACCACAACAACUACGACGACCAACUCUGAUGAUAUGGAUAUUGAUUGGAAGGACUUUGAAGAGAUCAGUCUUGAAAGUCCAAAGAAGAGACUUGUUGGCAAUAAACGAUCAGGACCAGGAGAAGAAGAGGAGUACCAACACGACGGCGAGUUCAACUUCAACUUCAACCUCAACUGUGACAACAAUAUCAACAACGAUACUAUCGAUCCCGAGGACAUCGUCGUAUCACAUAAGGACAAGAGAAAGAAGGUAGCACAUCACACGACAUUGGACAGUCUCUUGACGCCAGACAAUUUGAAAGUAGUAGAGGAGACUAAACUAAAGAGAUCAAUUAGCAUUGGCAAGUUGAAGUUCUCACUUGGCACGACGACAAAGAGUAGUAGAAGCUUCAUUCAACCAAAGGGUAGUAGUAUCUUUGGUAUACAACAAGAGCAGCAGCAACAGCAACAACAAGAGCAACAUAAUAGUACUCUAAGUGACGACACAAUCAAGGACAAGAAGAAGAAGACAAAGACUGAGAGAAUGACAAGCUUCUUAAAGAAGAGAUUCGGAUCGGAUAAUAAUAGUAGUAAUGGAUCAGCUAUUGGUAAUAACAUGGCAGUGUCAUCAUCAACGACAACAACUACUACAUUGACAUCGUUGACUCAUGGCGGCAAUGUGUUUGGUGCCAGCUUUACAAGCACUUCGGCAUUGGGCAUUGGCAUGGACAAGGACAAAGACAAACUGGCAAAUGGUGGUGGUGGCCCGGCCACCUCUCAUACCUCGCUGGCAUCGAGAUCUGCAGCUGAUGGUGCCAAUCAAUCAAUCAUAUCGGUCAAGGUGGCCACGCCACCUCGCAAGGAUUUACCGGCAUCCACUUCAUCGUCCUCAUUCUCAUCGACGUCACAGAGCGUAUCCAGUGGUCAUCUGGCGUCCAACUCGUCGUUGGGCGAAGAGGAUGACGAUGACGAGGAGGGUGAUGACUAUGAUGACGACGACGACAGUGGCGACUCGAUGCAGAGCGAGUGCGAAGAGUUGUUCAAUCGCAAUUGUAGCCGUGGCAUGCAGACCAGCAGCAGCGGCAGCAGUGUAUCCUCCACGAUAAUCUCGUCCAAGGCGCCUACUGAGGACUCCUGGGACGUGCCCUCCGACGCCGAGUUGGACAUCAUCAAGACGCGCUCCUUCAGCGAGAUUGAGUUUGUAUUGGCCGCGCUCAGCCAGAGCCAGCGCACGCUCAACGAGCGCACCAAGGACAUGUACCAGCCCUAUGACGACAUGGAGCUGGAGAUCUUUGACAAGAAGUGCAAGAUCAAGCGUGACGUCACCGUCAUGCUCGAGCUACUGAAGCAGUACAACUUUGCCAUGGACAUUGUGGACAUUGAUGGACAGUCCGCCGAGGAUGACCCCAGCGCAGGUAGCACGCCUGGUGCGAGUGGCGGAGUGACACCCGCCGCCGCUGGCAGCAACGACGACAUGGAGCGCAAGACAUUCUUGUUGGCUAAGAAGAUACUGUUCCUCAAGAUGGAGAUCACCAAGACACCGAGUACCAAGCGAGCAUAUAUACUAUUCACCAUCAUCGAUUCAAUCACCAAGUAUCUGAGGACCGACAUUAUACCGAGUGAGGUGCAGGCCAUCCCACUAGAGAUGACCAUCACAAUGGGUUCAAUGGCAAGCAUACAACAACAACUCAGUGGCACAGUCUACAAGAAGGGUGCACUAUGUAAGAAGAAGGACAGGUCGAUCGUAUCAAAGUUUAUCCAGCGCUGGAUAGUACUCACUCAUUCUGAACUGCUGAUAUACUCAUCCGAGAAGAGCGACAGACUUCUGCAUCGCAAGUCAUUGUUCAAUAUAUCAAAGAUAGCCUACACACCAAAGGAGGACUACCCGCAUUGCUUUACUAUUCACUUUGUCAACGCCGAUGGAGCCAGCGAGCAGCAGGCCCACGUGGACGACGCACACCGCGGUAAAUACAUGGUCGCAGGCAAGACUGGCAGCGGAAACAGCAGUAGCAGUAACAGCAGUAGCAGUAGUAGUAAUGGCAGCAGCAAGUCCAAACAAUCUAUUAUCCUAAGUUGCGAGAACAAUGAGGAGGUUGUGCAAUGGGUAUUGGCAAUCGAUGGAAUCACACGAUCAAACUUCAAGUCUUCGAUGGACCUGAUCACAAAGGAGGCGAUGCUGUCCACGUUCAAGACCAACCACAAGGGCGGUGUCUUUAGGUUUGGCGACGAGGAGUGGCAUUAUCGCGACGGACGCCUCACCAACCAGAUGUGGGGCGACAUGCUCGAGUACAUUUGGGAUGGCUACAAGCUGGUGCCCGCACAGCAUAGCCAGAUGUCGCUAGGGCACGGACGCUGGAACGGCGUGUGGCUGACGUGGUAUGGUGAGCGUGCCAACGAGCCCUAUCUCAAGUAUCUACACCAGCCACUGGAGCGCAACUACAUCGUCGAUUGUUAUCCCCUGCGAAACCAGUUCACAUGGACAUGGUCACGCCACUUCCUCGUGUGUGCGUCUGGUGGCGAGUGGAUAUGCGAGGGUGAUGUCCCACCUGCACUAGUCAUGCUCGUUCAAAUGAUGAAGUACUAUCGAAUUGGUAGAUAG